AUGGGCCCAUCCACUGGCAUUGCUCAAUCCUUAGCUCACUGGUCUGACAGGUCAGCAGCAUUCUGGGCGACUGUCAAUGCUAUCACUGUGGAAACACCCCCGGACGUUCUUCGGGCUGCCAGGGGGGAAAGCUUCAUGCUUCCAUGCAGUUACCAAACUUCUGCUCCUGACCGAGAGGGAUUCAUCCAAUGGGACAAGCUGCUACGGAGUCAUUCGGAAAGAGUGCUCACCUGGAAAUUUUUGACCAAUGAGUACGUCUACGGUGACCGCUACGAGAAUCGCGUCAACGUCUCAAGCAAUGCUGCACAGUCAGAUGCCUCCAUCACCAUCAACCAGCUGACCAUGGAGGACAAUGGCACCUACGAGUGCUCCGUCUUUCUGAUGUCAGACCUGGAUGGCACCUCUAAGUCACGUGUUCGCCUCUUGGUCCUUGUGCCACCAUCCAAGCCAGACUGCGGCAUCAAUGGAGAGACUGUGAUUGGGAACAACAUUGAGCUCACCUGCCAAUCAAAGGAGGGCUCACCGGCCCCUCAGUACAGUUGGAAGAGCUACAACAUCCUGAACCAGGAGCGGCCUCUGGCCCAACCAGUCACGGGACAGACCUUCCUUCUGAAGAACAUCUCCACAGACAUGUCGGGUUACUACAUCUGCACCUCUAAUAAUGAAGUGGGGACAAAGUCCUGCAACAUCACUGUGGCUGUCCGACCUCCCUCCAUGAACAUCGCCCUGUACGCGGGCAUUGGGGCAGGCAUUACUGCCGCCCUCAUCAUCAUUGGUAUCAUCAUCUACUGCUGCUGCUGCCGGAGCAAAGGCCAAGCCGAGGACAAGGAGGGCACAAGGCCGAAUCCCAAGAUCUACCGGGAGCCAUCAGAGCAGGUAACGGAGCUGUCUAGAGUGCAGGACGAGGAGGACAGCUACAGGCUUGAAGACCAGAGGAGCACAGGGCGUGAAUCCCCUGACCACGAUGGCCAGUGA